GGCCAGCGAGCGGGGGUAACGUCGUCACCCUAACGCCGCCGCCGUGGCCGGGAGCGGAGCCCGCGGCGCAGCCCUAUAACGCCGCCACCCCAUGGCCUCCUGCGACGACGACUUCGGCCUCCUCGGUGACGACGCCCACCCCGCUCCCCAGCCUUCCGCCCAGCCGGCCCCGCCGCAGCAGGCCCAGGGCUUCUGCUUCGUCGAAGCCCCGGCCGCGGGCUCCGGCGCCGGCCCCGGCCCCUUCGCGCCGGCCCGGGAGGAGGGCAACCACAGCUCCGACCGCGGGAAGGCGUCGCACCACACCAAGCGGCGGAGGGACCGCGCGGAGGAGUUCAGCGAUGGGGGCGAGUACUGCUCCUACAUCAGCGGCGGGGGGAGGAAGGGCCGUGGCGGCGCCGUCUCGUCGGACUACCGGAAGGAUCGGGAGGAGUGGACGGACGGCGCCAUCAGCAGCCUCCUCGACGCAUACAUGGACCGGUUCGAGCAGCUCAACCGAGGGAAUCUCCGGGGGCGGGACUGGGAGGACGUCGCCGCUGCCGUUACCGACGGGCAAGGCAAGAGCAGCGGGGGCAAGAGCGUGGAGCAGUGUAAGAAUAAGAUCGACAACCUCAAGAAGCGGUACAAGGUAGAGUGCCAACGCAUCGCCGGCUCCGCCUCGGCCAGCCUCUGGCCCUGGUACAAGCAAAUGGAGCAGAUUAUGGGCAACUCCCCAUCGCCCGGCACCCCCAAGCCGCCGGCGGCCACCAACGACGACAAGCCGCGGCAACAGCAGCAGCACAGCAACAAGAGGUACCCUUCUUCCGGCACUGGCCACACUACCACCAUGGUUCCUUAUUCCAGAUCGACUCCUCUCUCGAAUCCGAAAUGGAAAAGGGUACUUCUGAAGAUUGGGGGGACUGCAUUGGCUGGAGAAGCUCCUCAUAAUGUUGACCCUAAGGUGAUCAUGCUGAUUGCCAGAGAAGUUCAAGUGGCAUGCCGCCAUGGUGUUGAGGUGGCUAUUCUCAUGGGAGGCCGGAAUGUAUUCUGCGCUGACUCUUGGGUUGCUGCCACUGGCACUGAUAGAGCUUCAACGCAUCCAAUUGGAAUGAUGGCAGCAGUGAUGAAUGCAGUAUUGCUCCAAGCGUCACUAGAAAAAAUAGGUGUGGAGACACGAGUCCAGACUGCACUGAUGAUGCAAGAGGUUGCAGAACCAUACAUAAGGCGGCGAGCUAUCCGCCAUCUGGAAAAAGGAAGGGUUGUUAUCUUUGGUGGAACUGGUGCUGGUACAGGAAAUCCACUUUUUACAACAGAUACAGCUGCUGCACUGAGAGCUUCUGAAAUCAAUGCAGACGUUGUCCUUAAAGGUGUCAUUGGAGAUGAUGAAUAUGGUUGUCCUCCUAGGAGCAACGGUAGUGCACCAUUUGAGCACAUCUCAUUUAGGGAGUUGGCAGCAAGAGGAACCAGCAAAAUGGACAUGACAGCAAUUACAUGUUGUGAGGAGAACAAUAUUCCUGUUGUCAUCUUUAACAUGUUAGAGCCUGGUAACAUGUCCAGAGCUAUUUGUGGCGACCAAGUAGGUACGUUAGUUGACCAGUCAGGAAGGAUAACUUAAUUCACAAGGGGGGUUAACUUUGUUGUAGCAUUGGGACAUUCUUAUUCUCUCACGGCAGCGUGCAUCUUCGUUGAUUGCAUGGAUCUUUGUGGAUGGGAGAGAUGGUAAUGUUCCUCGGAGAGAAGGCUCACACCUUGAUUUGCAUCGGGUGCUCGUUGUUUGUAGCGGCUCUGCCAUGAGAAGUUGUUUGUUUGUAGUAUCUGUCUGUAAUGUGAUGGUUAGACUAGUUGAAGAGCCUUGUAUAAAGUCGUAUUUAUGCCUGCGUAUGGCGUUAGGUCAGGUCAACAGAAUGUUGUAUUGUGCUCUAGUAGUAACUUGUAACGCUGUUGUUGAGCUGUAGUGUUGUACUGUAUUGGAGAAAGGCAUUUUUCUUCCUUC